AUGGAGGUUGAAUUCAAAGCAAUGCUCGAUGUUCUCGAGAAAUCUCUCUCCGAUCCUGCUCCCAUCCACAAGCUGCGUUCACAUGUUGAGAAUCUUUCGGCUUUGUCUAAGUGUAACCCUAAAGUGAAGGAAUUAAGCUCGGAAGUGGUAGAUAGUAAUCCUUACAGUAGGCUUAUGGCACUUCAGCGGAUGGGUAUUGUGGAGAACUAUGAGAGGAUAAUAAACUUCUCAGUCGCCAUAGUUGGAAUUGGUGGUGUUGGAAGUGUUGCUGCUGAGAUGCUGACCAGAUGUGGUAUAGGUCGUCUUUUGUUGUAUGACUAUGACACUGUUGGUAUGACAAAGAAUGAUGCUGCUGUUCAGACGCUUGCUGAAAUUAACCCUGACGUAGUACUUGAGAGUUUCACAAUGAACAUAACAACAGUGCAAGGCUUUGAAACCUUCACGUCGAGCUUGAAGAACAAGUCAUUCUGUCCUAACAAGGAGGGCAGUGGUGUGGAUCUUGUUUUGAGUUGUGUCGAUAAUUAUGAAGCAAGGAUGGCUGCAUGCAACGAGUUACGUCAGACAUGGAUGGAGUCAGGUGUUUCCGAAGAUGCUGUUUCAGGUCACAUACAGCUUCUGGUUCCUGGAGAAAAAACUGACAUCAGUCUUUUUACUCCAUCGAAGAACACCAGUACGGUCAGCAAAUGCAUUAACAGAGCAGUGACGCAAGUUUACAGCUCCAGAAUCUUCAGAGCCCUGAAAAUAAUGAAGCUUAAAGUUAAUCUAAACAGUUCAAACACAGCUCUCGAUUACUUUCUUUAUCACGGAGUUCUAGACUAA